AUAGAGAGAAUAUACAUACCAAAUCAACACCAGCAUAAAACUUAGAAACAAAGAAAAAAAAGGGUAAGGCAUGCAUGGGUCUGUGUGUUGUGUAGUUGGUGUUGGCUUGUUGAGACUUGAGUUCUUUUCUGUUCUGUUUUACUGCUCUUCUUAAACAUCCCUUCUUCUUCUUCUUCAUCACUCAACAGACACACUUAUUCUUUCUAUUGAUCUUCUUUUACAUUUAUCAUAAUAAUAUUGACCAAAAAAAAACUUUACUAUAUCUAAAACCAGUGUUUCUUCUCUUAAAUAGCUGCAUAAUCUCUCUAAUGCCCGCAAGUUUCUAUUCGGAAUCUUAUAGUUGCAGAGUUGAACUAUUAUAAUUCAGUACAAGUGGCAGUUUCAAAAGUCCUAGCGUUCGCAAAAUGGGUGAUCAGGAUCUCCAUGACAUUGAGAGUCUUUUGAUAGAGAUACCAAAUGCUACCUCUGCAAGUCCAAAUGCUGAAGAAUCUGUGAGGGGAAAUUCUCUUAAAGUGGAAAACGGAAAAUCAUCUCCAACUACAGCUUUUCCUAACUACUACAAUGGUUCUCAUGGUCUGGGAACAAGUCCCAGCAGGAACUCAUCUAUUUAUGGGGGUAUUUCUUUUGAGAGACCCAAUGCCGCCUCUACAAAAUUAUUUCAAAGUUCAUUUGAUCAGAAGCACGAAAUGAACGGGAAUCCAGAUGGAACUAGAAUGACUGUGAAGAACAAUUCUCAAACACCCAUGAGUCAGGGAGGCGUGCAGGACUCCUCAAAUCAUUCGGAGGACCAACCUUUGGCAUCUUCAUUCACUCAAUUUAGCUUCAAGAAUAAUGCCUCUGAAGGACAGCACCCUGGCUGUGUAAAGCAGCCUAUGUCUGGUUUGGUUCCGGGAAGCAUGAAUGGUUCCCCUCCUUCAUUAACCAAAUCUCUGAAUGGUCUGAGUUUGUCCAGUCCUAGGCGAAGUAGUCUUGAUAGAUCUAAUAUGGAGGUCAAUAAUGGUCACAAAACUGGAAAUUCUCACAAAUUUGAAGAACUGAAGAAGAAGAAAAACAGGCAUGGCCAACCACUUCAGGACUUUGAUUUUAACGUUGAAGAGCCUCGACGUACCGUUCCAAUGUACUCCACAUCCAUGCCUUUAGAUCCAAGUCUGAGCACCUUUCCAGUCAUCUCCAGUGUUCCAACACCUGAUUUUGAUUACUCAACUACCCCGUAUCAACAACCAUACUUUUUAAAUGCCCAAUCAGCUAUUCCCUGUAUACAUCCACAGGAGCUAAGCCAAUCUCAUCUUGCAUGGAGGUAUAUGGAAGAAGAGAGAUAUUACAGGAUGCAGCAACAAUACCUACACUUGCAGCAGUUCCAAAAUCAGGGAUUUAUACCUCAAGUCGAAGAAAAUGGUAACUCUACGGUUAGGGCUCCAGCUAGGACAUUAUGGCAACCACGCUUUGAUAUGCCAGUCCAAAAUGAGGCAGAACAGGAAAACAAAGUCCCGUCUAGGAACGGGUCUAGAAAGCUCAAUGCGCCAGAAUAUCCGUUGAUGGGUCGCGGAUGUCAUUGCUAUGUUCCAGACUUCUAUGUGAAUGGAGAGAACUGCUCGGUUGGACAUGAGCAAAGGCAAACGUCAAUGAACCCUUCUAUAUAUUCUUCUGCCACUCACUCAGUUAAAGAUUUUGAAGCAGUUCAAGUUUUGGAUAAAAUGGGAAAACAUGCUUAUCCUGAAAAGCUUCUUACAAGGUCACAUGGAUUGAAUUCUCUAAGAUAUACAAGUCCAGGCUCUAUUUCUGAUCACGAAUUACAAAAUCAUGCCAACACAGGCGGGAGACUUCUGGGGGAUGCGAUUUUCCGUCACCAAUUAUCCAUGCCAAAUACUGGAUCAUUUCAGUUGCGUGAUUGUUCUGGUGAUGUGGAUAUUAGACAUGGUAAUUCUAGGAUACAACCACAAAAGUUUAACUCGUUGGAUGAAGUUGCAGGCCGCAUUUAUAAACUGGCUAAAGAUCAGAAUGGAGCUCGCUUCCUGCAAAGAAGGUUUAUAGAGGGUACUACUGAAGAUAUCAACAAAAUCUUUUGUGAAAUUAUUGAUCAUAUUGUUGAGCUCAUGACAGAUUCUUUUGGUAAUUACCUGGUCCAAAAACUGCUCGAAGUAUGUAGUGAGACUCAAAGGAUGCAGAUACUUCGUGCAAUUACUAAAAAACCUGGUGACCUUGUUAAAAUUUCGAGCGACAUGCACGGGACUCGAGCUGUACAAAAGGUGAUAGAAACCCUCAAGAGUCAGGAGCAAUUUUCAAUGGUAUUUUCGUCGUUGAAGCCUGGAAUUGUGAGCUUAAUUAAAGAUCCACAUGGUAAUCAUGUUGCACAACGCUGCUUGCAACACUUGAUGCCUCAGUACAGUGGGUUUCUUUUUGAAGCUGUAACCGCACACUGCUUUGAGCUUGCAACAGAUCGUCAUGGCUGCUGUGUACUCCAAAAGUGCCUUAGCAAUUCUGAUUUUGAACAGAAGCGGCGCUUGAUCUGUGAGGUCACCUCAAAUGCGCUUAUCCUUUCACAAGAUCCCUUCGGGAACUAUGUCGUGCAAUUUAUCUUGGAACUUGAGGUUCCAUGGGCAACAGCUGAUGCCCUCAGUCAACUAGAUGGAAAUUACGGAAAUCUGUCUAUGCAGAAAUACAGCAGCAAUGUAGUAGAGAAAUGUCUAAAAUACGGUGGUGAAGAGCGCCGCACUCGAAUCAUCAAGGAACUGAUAAGCAAUUCAUCUUUAGACCAGAUUUUGCUUCACCCUUAUGGCAAUUAUGUUAUUCAGGCUGCACUCAAUAGCUCAAAGGGAGCUCUUCACGCUGCUUUGGUGGAGGUAAUCGAUCCCCAUGUACCUGCGCUGAAAACCAGCCCCUUUGGGAAGAAAGUUCUCUCGUGCUAUAGUCGGAAGAAGUAAAUUAUGACAAUUUUUUUUGUUCCAAAGGGUCGAUAACGAACUGCCGCACUGCCAUUGAUGAAGAUUCAGGAUCCGUGACUCUGGAAUUUUAGUAGUAGUGUAAACUGUGUAAUAAGAGACUUAAGGUUAGAUGGGAUUUUUUUACCUGGUUUUGAAGUUUGAGGAUGGACAGCAAAGAGGUAACAAGGGAACGACGUUGUGCUUUGUACAGUCGUUAGAAAUCUCAACGUCUCAAUUCUAGCUUUUGUUCAUUUUAGGAUUGCUUCACACGAUUAAAGACGGGCGACUUUGCUAUGAAGUGCUGGACAUUAGGAGUGUCAGUAGAUAUCUGUGUAGUACUUCUAAUUUGGUUUAGUAAUAAAGAAAAAUGUGAAGAAAAUUUGUAGAGUUCUUUUUGAGCUAUUAUAUGGAGUGACACACUAUGAAUAGGUGAAGGGUCUGUUUCGAAAGAUGGGAAAGAGAAGGUUAGGUGGUUUUAUUUUUUGAGGGCUGCUGCAGAGUGGGGUUGUUUAUAUUACAUCCUCUGCAGAUGUCACCUCUUGCUUUUGUCAUUUAACACUCCUAUGUAAUGUUGCUCCUGGACAUGUUGUUCCAUUGUUACAUUAUUUAUUUAAUAUGGUCUGGCAAUCUUGUUGAUUUUUCUCAA